CCCCAGCUCGGCCCCGGGCUCUGCCUCGCUCUCUGUCCGCUCCUUCCCUCCACACCCCCCUUCCCCGCCGCUGCCUGUCCACUGCCGGGAGCGGGCUGGGCUGGGCUGGGCCGGUCCCGGGCUCGGCGCUGCUCUCACGAUGAUGAUCGAAAACCUGGAGGCGCUCAAGUCGUGGCUCAGCAAGACCCUGGAGCCCAUAUGUGAUGCUGACCCAUCUGCCCUUGCUAAAUAUGUUGUUGCUUUGGUUAAGAAAGAUAAAACUGAGAAGGAAUUGAAAGCAUUGUGUGUUGACCAAUUGGAUGUCUUUCUUCAAAAAGACACCCAUACUUUUGUAGAAAAGCUUUUUGAAGCUAUUAAUACAAAGAGUUACCUACCUCAACUUGAACAAUUGUCAUCUGUGAAUAUAAAACUUGAGCUUCCACAGCGACAAGAAAGAGAGGACAAAAAAGAAGAGGGAAGUAAAGAUGAUGAUGAACGGGAUAAAAAGUUUUCAAGAAGGCUGAAUCACAGCCCACAACAGUCAGGAUCCCGGUAUCGAGAUAAUCGAAACCGUGAUGACAGAAAGAAAGAUGAUCGCUCUCGUAAAAGGGAGUACGACCGGUAUCCUCCAAGGAGAGAUUCGUACAGGGACAGAUACAACCGAAGAAGAGGAAGAAGCCGAAGCUACAGCAGGAGUCGGAGUCGCAGUUGGAGUAAAGAAAGAAACAGGGACAGAAGCAGGAGUAGAAGUAGAGAGAGAGAUUCAGUGAAGUUGAAGUUUGACCUGGACAGAACAGAAUCAUCAGAAAGCAACUUCGCUCCUAAUACUCCUGUAUCAAACUUAGCAUCUGGACAUUAUCCUGUUCCUACUCUGAGUAGUGCAAUCACAGUUAUAGCACCAGCUCAUCAUGGUAACACCACUACUGAAAACUGGACAGAAUAUCAUGAAGAGCAGUUGGACCACAAUGCCUAUGUAAGAGCUCCUCCUCCAAAGAAGCGGUGUAGAGACUAUGAUGAAAAGGGCUUCUGUAUGAGAGGUGAUAUGUGUCCAUUUGAUCAUGGAAGUGAUCCAGUUGUGGUAGAGGAUGUGAAUCUUCCAGGCAUACUGCCAUUCCCCUCACAGCCUCCAGUAGUUGAGGGACCGAAUCCUCCUGUUCUUCCUCCUCCACCACCCAUACUAACUCCUCCACCUGUAAACCUCAGGCCUCCAGUGCCUCCACCUGGACCACUGCCCCCCAGCCUGCCUCCCGUUGCAGCAGGCCCCCCGCCACCUCUACCACCACUUCAGCCCCUUGGAAUGGAUGUACCCCCAAGUUCGAUUACAAGUUCCGUGCCUGCUGUUGUCACAUCAGUGAUUCAUCACCAGCCUCCUUCAGCACAACCUCCUCCCUAUACAGCAGAAAGCUAUGAACCGGAUGGAUAUAAUCCUGAAGCACCAAGUAUAACCAGCACUUCUAGACCUGUUUACAGACACAGGGUUCACAGCCAAAGACCUAACUUGAUUGGAUUAACAUCUGGUGACAUGGAUCUACCACCACGAGCUGCAAAUAUUACUGUCAAAACUGAAAAAAUUGCAAACAACAACAUGAGAAUAGUAGUGGAUUCUGAAUCCAGGAAACGUACAAUAGGUGGUUGUCCUGAAGGGAUCCCUCUAAAGAAACAAUGGUUUGACAAGACAAAUUUCAACAAACUAAAUAACCAAGGAUUUCAAAAGAAAGCACUGUAUGGAAAUGAAAAUGCCAAACUUGAGCUUCGGAAGGUUCCACAAGAGCUGAACAACAUCAGCAAACUCAACGAACAUUUUAGCAAAUUUGGAACAAUUGUUAAUCUACAGGUUGCUUAUCAAGGUGAUCCAGAAGGUGCCCUUAUUCAGUUUGCCACACACGAUGAAGCAAAGAGGGCAAUCUCAAGCACAGAAGCUGUGCUUAAUAACCGAUUCAUUAAGGUAUAUUGGCAUCGGGAAAGCAAUUCUCAGCAGAAAACAAUCCAAAAUCAAAAGGUGCUAUCUGGACCACAGCAGUCAGCUACGCAGUCUGCAUUCACAGUUGUCAAACAGUCUGUGAAGGACAGGCUAGGACCUUUACCGCCAGGCAAUAUGGAAUCUAUGCCAUCUCAAGUUACAGCCACUGUUCAGAAUGUAAAUAAACUAUCGAUUAAAGAUCGACUGGGCUUUCCCACUAAACGCACAGAACUUGCUCCAGUUACAACUGAAAAGGUUUUGUCAACGACCACAGGGCUUACAAAAACGGUCUACAACCCUGAUGCCCUAAAAGCAGCACAAAAGUCAUUAGCUACUAGUGUUUCUUCAGAUCCCAAUGAGGCACAAAAAAAGAAACAGGAUGCAUUCAGACUUCAACAAGAUGUGAGAAAAAAGAAGCAAGAGAUUUUAGAGAAACAUAUAGAAACCCAAAAGAUCUUAAUAUCAAAACUGGAGAAGAACAAAACCAUAAAGCCUGAAGAUAAAGCAGAAAUCAUGAAGACACUGCAGGCCUUGACAAAGAGCAUAACCAAACUUCAGGAUGAGCUGAAAGCAAACCGAACAGGCUCAUCGCCUCUUCCGAAAACUGUUAAAACCAAAGCUCAGAUGCAAAAAGAACUGCUAGAUACAGAGCUGGACUUGCAUAAGAAAACGCAGGCUGGAGAAGAUGUCGCUGAACUGAGGAAAAAAUACAAUGAGCUUCAGCUAGAGGCUGCCAAGCGGGGAAUCCUCUCGGCUGGACGUGGAAGAGGGGUCCAUUGCAGGGGUCGAGGUGGGCAGCGAGGGCGAGGAAGAGGACGAGGCCGAAGUGUUUCUCUUCACUCUGUGGUAGAUCAUCGUCCAAAAUCAUUGAAUAUAUCUGGUUUUUCAGAAAGUGACCAAGAUGAAAUUCUGCCACAUUUUGCACAAUUUGGUGAAAUUGAAGAUUGCCAGAUUCCCGAUGGCACACUUCAUGCAGUCAUCACCUUCAAGAGGCGGGCAGAAGCAGAGACUGCUGCAUUACAUGGAAAUCGUUUCAAGGGGCAGAAUCUUCAGCUUGCAUGGUAUAAACCUGGAGCCACCACCACAGCUGCUGAAACCGAGGAUACUGAGUUGGAUGAGGAAGAGUUUCAGGAGGAGUCUUUGAUCGAUGAUUUAUUGCUCCAAGAUGACGAUGAGGAGGAAGAUGAUAAUGAAUCGCGCUCAUGGCGGAGAUGAUCAAGAGGCAACCAUUUACUUACAGAAAGUUAUGCUGUUGGCAUUCUGAAUCUAUAAUGUGAUUUUUUUAAACUGAUGUACUAAAAACUGUAGUUAAUCACCUGUAUUAGUGCAGGUUAGUGUGUCAGCAAUGGAGAUAGGCCUCAGAAUGUCCCUGUACCUGUAGAGAAGGACUGAAAUGAAAUUACGGCUUUAGUUGCAACAGGAGGCAUGUAUGUAAUUCAUUUUUAUUAAUUUUGUGAAACUUGAUACUAAUGUUUAUUGAACUUUGGCCUAAAGGAAAGAUGCUAAGGCUUUCUAUGUAAUUCACAGAUUUGGUCCUUGUGAUGUGACCAAACUAGGAACAAUUCAAUGUAACUGUUACAAAUGGUUCCAUGUUAUUAUGGGAUGAAGGUUGACAUUGAAUUACUUAUUGGAUGUUUCAAAACUUCCUGGAGACAUCUUAAGCUUUGUGAUAAAGCAGAGAACUUGGGAAGUACUGAAAAGUGCUCUUGUUUGUUAAAAGUUAUGUCCUACCUUAUUUUGCAUAGUUUGCUUUAGGCUUUACUAUGUAUUAGCCUUGAUUUUUCUUCUGUUCGAUUUGUGUACGUAUUUUACGUAAGAGUUGAUUUUAAACAUUCAUUGUAAAACAGCUCCUUGAAAGUUCUUUUUGACUUUCAAGACAUGUUAAAAAAAAUAAAGAAAUGGAAUGGUCUAAUAUAUAAAAAACAAAAGAAAACCUUAUGUAAUAUAAAGGAAAAAAUUGGUUACAUGUAAAAACAAAAAAAAAGACCAUUCCCAACACACCAACAAAACUCAUGAAAGAGCUAUAACCAGCCCUAUAUUUCUUGUAAGAAAACAAGUUUAUUUUGCAGCACAAAGGUACAAGUAAGUAUCAUUCUACCUCUUAAUACAGGAAUUUGUAUUGAUUGUUUUUAGAUAUAAUCCUGAUAAUUUGUCUUUAGUCCCUUCAGGCUCGCAGCAAACCGUUUGAUGAUAAUGUUUUUAUUCCUCACUUUGUGAAACUGACACAAAAUACCAAAAGUUAUUUUUAAAAUCGAAACUACUUGAAAUGUUUUUGUUUAAAUUCAUUGUUUUCCGAAUGUUAGAGGGGUGUGCUCUGUGGAGUGACUAGAUAAGGUAGGGCUGUUUGCCUUGAGAAAAAGUCAAGCAGUCUCAGAUGGGAUCUUUUGAAUAAAUAUGAUACUAAAUGGUACUAAGAAAUUAGACUAAGAAUUAGAAAUUCAAAAGUAUUUGAACAAGCACCAAGGUUCUAUUGACGAUAAUGAAGGGCAGAUUAAAUAUCAGGAAAUAUUUAUUUGUGCAUAGGGUAAUUAACAGCUGAAGUGGUAAGUGCUUGAUAUUGUAAUGGGUGAUGGAAGGGAAGGAAUCCUAGAAGGCAGUUAUAAAAUGACAAAAGAUAGCCAAUAUGGGUUUAUGAAGGGGAAACUAAUUUACUGGUUUUCUUUGACACUGAAAAGGAGUGUGAUAAGGUAAGCCAGUGGAUGUUGUAUAUCUGGAUUUCAGUAAGGGCUUUGAUACAGUUCCUCAUGAAACACUGGUACUGAAAAUAGAGAAAGCAGGAAUUGGGGCACCAUAUCUUGCAAUGGAUACUUAAUUGGCUGACUGAAGAACCCAGAAGGUGGUGGUACAGGGAAUGUCAUCAGGUUGGGAGAAUGAUACCAGUGGAGUUCCACAGGCGUCUGUUUUGGGACCUCUUAUUUAACAUCUUCAAAAACGACCUGGAGCUAGGAGUCACAAGCACAAUGGCUAAAUGUGUAGAUGACACAAAGUUAAUGAAGGUGGUAAACUGCAGAGAUUAACAGGAUAGAUUACAGGAGGACUUGAACAAUCUUAAGAAUUGGGCAGAUCGAUGGCAGAUGAAAUGUAAUGUAAAGAAAUG